UAAUUGUGUACUCUAACCAGGAAUAAAAUUUUUUUUUUGUAAAGGAUAACGUCAUCGAUUUGUAAAUUUGAUUUUUUUUUGUUUUUCUUUUUUGAUCUGAAAAAUAAAUUUCAAUACAAAUUCAUCAUCAUUCACAUUCGUCUCAAUAUUUGAUCGAUCUCAAUUUUAACAUUCAAUUUUGACCAACAAUAAUGGGUCUAACCAUAUCCAGUCUAUUUACACGUUUAUUUGGUAAAAAACAGGUCCGAAUAUUGAUGGUUGGACUUGAUGCGGCCGGUAAAACGACAAUUUUAUAUAAAUUAAAAUUAGGUGAAGUUGUUACAACUAUUCCCACCAUUGGAUUCAAUGUUGAAACCGUUGAAUAUAAAAACAUUAGUUUCACUGUUUGGGAUGUUGGUGGCCAGGAUAAAAUUCGUCCAUUAUGGCGACAUUAUUUUCAAAAUACACAAGGUUUAAUUUUCGUUGUCGAUAGUAAUGAUAAAGAACGUGUAGGCGAAGCUGCUGAAGAAUUACAACGAAUGUUGAAUGAAGAUGAAUUACGUGAUUCAAUAUUAUUGGUAUUUGCUAAUAAACAAGAUUUACCGAAUGCAAUGUCAACAUCUGAAUUAAAAGAUCGUUUAGGAUUAGGUCAGAUGCGUAAUCGUCAUUGGUAUAUACAGGCAACAUGUGCUACACAAGGUGAUGGCCUAUAUGAAGGUCUUGAUUGGCUUUGUACUGAAGUAUCAAAACUUUCAUAAAGAUGUUGCAAACAUUGAUAAACACAUCCAACAUGAACAUUUUAUAUAUC